AUGAAAUACUACUUUCCUGGCAUUCCAUCACCGCAUUCCUCCUUUUCCCACCACCAUCUCUCGUCUUUUCUUCCUCGCCUUCCAUCAUUGUCAUUGCCCCCGCCCAGGUAUAUAUUUCAGGUCUACAAGAUGCCUACCUCCAACGUAGUGAACGGCGACUCCUCUCACUCCGCUACCAUCAGGCACCUUCUCACAUACCCCUGCGUCCAAGAUGGUGUGAGAACAGUCAAAUCGACUUCCGUCGGCUCCAAGGCCGUUGACCUCAGCAAUGGUGUCUAUCAAUCCCUCGCCCAGAACGUAUUCCCCUACCUCGCCGGCCCUUACUCAUUCGUCGCCCCCUACGUGGAACGAGUCGACAGCGUAGGCGACAAGACCCUCGAGGUCAUCGAGGAGAAGUUCCCUGUCGUGAAGAAGCAGCCGGGCGAGAUCGUCGAGGGAACCAAACAGAUGAUCUUCUCUCCUUAUCACGCCGGCCGCUCCGUGAAGGAAUACGUUCUCUCCAUCUUUGAGACCAAGAAGCAAAGCUGCGGCGACUCCUGGACCGCCUACCCCACGGCCGUUGUCGCCACGACCUUCUACCUCAUCGGUGAGACAGCCAUCAACGCCGGGGAUUACAUCAUCCACAAGAAGGAGGAGGAGGAAGGCAAGACGGGCGCUCAGAGGCCCGCUCAGAGACCCGCCAACGCCAACUAG